ACACCAACAAUUCUCAAAGGGCUGAGAAGCGCUCAGUCCUAAAUGAAACACCUACCUAUAUUAACCCUCCCCGCGAGGCUCACGGGGCCAUCCUAGAGGAGAGGGAAGAAGGAUGCAGGAGGCAGGGGAUGGGGAAAGGAAUGCUGGGAGAUAACUGUCUCCUGGUCUGACGUGCUUGCAUCGCUCACAGACUCAGAGCCGCCAAACAAGAUCAAAGCUACAAGACCAGUCGGCCUUCCAACCUAUGACAGCACUAAUCAAACUCAGUGGGCUGCAGGAAAGAGACGGGAUAUGGACUCCUGCUUCCUGACCUGCCUGAGUUCCAGUCCUGAUUUCCUCUGGUGAUCAACAGCAAUGUGGAAGUUUUGGCCAUAGAAGAGAUGUUUAAGAAGGACAAAAAAAAGAAUAAGGACAAGGGGCUGGAGGCGAGCAGUGUUCAAGCAGGAGCCCCUGAAAAGUCGGACGUGAAACUCAGCAAUGGAGGAAAAUCAAAUGAAAGAGACAGCAAUGAAAAUCCAUUACAGGUUCUAUCCAAAAAUGAGACUUUUCUGGUCCCAGAGUUCUUGGAUACAGCCCAGUCCAAAGAGAAGGCCAUUGCUUCCAUGGCCAGCAACACACUUCAUAUGUCCACAGCAGAGUCUGAGUUCUCACAGCAAGUAAGUAGCACCCCCAUGUUUUCAGACAAUACUAUCCAUCCCAAAUAUGAAGGGAGCCCCAAGACCUCAUCAAAACCCACUCAGCUGAAACAGGAAAACAUUUCUAAAACCUCGGGCUACUCCAAGCAGACCAACUACAGCACCACCCCCAAGUCCAUGGCAAAAACCACCUACCCCAAACAGGGGAGCACCCUCAAGCCUACAGCAAACGGCACCCAUUACAGGGAGGCUGACAUGCCCAAGUCCCCAGAAGACACCGUCCAAUCCAUGAAAGGCCACAUGCCCAAGUCCUCAGAAGACACCGUCCAAUCCAAGAAAGCUGACAUUCCCAAGUCCCCAGAAGAUACCAUCCAAUCCAAGAAAGGCCACAUGCCCAAGUCCCCAGAAGACACCGUCCAAUCCAAGAAAGCUGACAUUCCCAAGUCCCCAGAAGACACCAUCCAAUCCAAGAAAGGCGACAUUCCCAAGUCCUCAGAAGACACCAUUCAAUCCAAGAAAGGUGACAUUCCCAAGUCCCCAGAAGACACCAUCCAAUCCAAGAAAGGUGACAUUCCCAAGUCCCCAGAAGACACCAUUCAAUCCAAGAAAGCUGACAUGCCCAAGUCCUCAGAAGACAGCAUCCAAUCCAAGAAAGGUGACAUUCCCAAGUCCUCAGAAGACAGCAUCCAGUCCAAGAAAGGUGACAUUCCCAAGUCCUCAGAAGACAACAUUCAAUCCAAGAAAGGUGACAUUCCCAAGUCCUCAGAAGACACCAUUCAAUCCAAGAAAGGUGACAUUACCAAGUCCUCAGAAGACAGCAUCCAGUCCAAGGAGAAUAAAAUGUCCAAGUCCUCUCAAGACUCCAUCCAGUCCAAGGAGGGUAAAGUCCACAAGCCCUUAAAAGACAGUGUCCCAUCUAAAGAGGAAGAUACUCCCAAGUCCUCAGAAGGCACCACCCAGUCCAAGGAAGAAAUCACCAUGUCCCCAGAAGAUACCAUCCAGUCCCAGGAAGGUGACAUCAUCAAGUCUUCAGAAGAUGUGCAGCCCUUGGAGAGCAGACUCUUCCAUCUUGAAGCAGAAAUAGAAACCCUGGAGGAAGGCUUGGUGAGAGUGAUCAAAGACAAGGAGGAAUUUGAGGAGGUGCUCAAAGAUGCUGGAGAGAAACUGGUGGCUGUGGAUUUCUCAGCUGCUUGGUGUGGCCCUUGCAGAGUGAUGAAGCCACACUUCCAUUCCCUGUCUUUGAAGCAUGAGGAUGUGAUAUUCUUGGAGGUGGACACUGAGGACUGUGAGCAGCUGGUGCAAGACUGUGAGAUCUUUCACCUCCCGACUUUCCAGUUUUAUAAAAGAGAAGAAAAGGUGGGUGAAUUUUCUGGUGCCCUUGUGGGAAAACUUGAAAAAAGCAUUGCGGAAUUAAAGUAAUCAUAUGUUCUGAGAACACCGUGAA